CCAGUUCCUUGUGCGCACUCUAUGAUAAAAGUCGCCUUAGAUAGUGAAAGAUAUAUAUGUAAUUCUAAAAAAAGACAUCUGCUUAAAAUAAUUUCAUUACUUAAGAAAACUGGAUCUUUUCAAGUUAUCCGUAUCCUUCUAGAGUUCAUGCAAAAAUAAACAAACACUAGUUUUUGCGCAAACGUUUAUAUUUAAUAAGAACCAACUAUUUACUAUAGCGUUUCGUUUUAAAUAUAUUUCUUGUUGGCAAAAGAGGAAUACGUGUUAUUCAUACUUUUCUACACUAUUUAAUCGAUAUAUGUAAAAUAUCGUACAUUUAGUUCGAAUUUAAAGUAACACAAUUAUUGCAAAACACCUUACGUCUAAAAAUAUUUAAUAUAGUAUUAUUAUACGAACAAAAAUUGUUAUUGUUCCAAUAUGUACAAAACAAUUCGACAUGGGGAGAAUAGUCUACAGUAUACAAUUCUUCCGCAGAAUGAUGACCUCCGGAUUGAUGGAAAAUUAACAAGUGCGAGUAGCAGCAACAGUAAUGGAAAGGUGAAAUCAAAGCGUUCUGCUAGAAGGCGGUCCUUUUUAGCAUACCUGGGACUGUUGUUUGUGUGCGCUGUGAUUAUUGGAGCUAUAUUAAUUCCUUUUCUGAUGUCUGUAGAAUGUCUUCGCAAUCCAUCAGAUUGGUUUUUGAAAACAAAAGCUGCUUUCACUGGCACUGCGAACCGAAUUGGUGCAUCUAGUCUUCCAGUGAUGACUACAACUAUCAGUCCAAACACCUUUAUUCCUACCAAUGAACAAAUAUAUUAUCAACCAAUCGACAGUACAAUUCAACCAUAUCUGACAAAAAGUAGUAGCACAUUGGUCUCACAAAAAUCAGAUUCACAAAAGGUCAUAGGAGAGGCAGGAGAUAAACAAUCUAAUAAUAGUAUUGAGAUGAGCCCUACUGAAAUAUCGGAAUCACAAAUAGCUAAUGAAUUCGUUGCUGAGGUGCGGUUUGAAGGUUCACGAGAACAAAUGCAAGCAAAUGUGGUACCAACAAUUCGUACCGCGAUAAGAUAUAACGACCAAAACAAUCCAACAGGUUUAGAAGAUGGAAUUUUACCCGCACUCACUACCUCAAUCCUACCAACAAUGAAGCCAAGCACAACCACUCUUUUACCAAACAUGAAGGGUCGUGUUAUGCAAGUACCCUUAUUAAAGUCGGCCUCAAAGAAGCCUAUUAUUCCCCCAGUUUUGGCUAAAACGAAUUCAUUAGGACGGGAACAUAUCAAAGUUUUUCUUAGAAAUGAAGAAAAAAAGAAGGAUCACAACCAGCCAAAUAAUUGGAUACGUUCACAUUGGCCGUACAUAGAUCCAUCUACAUAUUUUCAAUGGACAGGUUAUAAAACCGAAGAUAGUGUAAUUUUGCCUGCUAUCUUAGGAGCUGCUUUGAUCGUGAUUAUUAUGAUUACUGCUUUAUUUGUCAUUGCUCGCAAUAAGGGGACUAUUGUAAAUUCUUUUCGAAAGAGGAAUAGAAAUGAUAUUGAAGGAGCUGGAGAAGACAACACAACCCUUCUUAUAAAUUCUAAUUUAUCGGACGAAGAUUAAUUCACGGAAACCUAGGUAAACAAACUACUUUCAUAUAAAGUACAGUUACAAAUCAAGUAUAGUUUAUGCCAUCUUGCAAAAAAGAAUUCAACGCAAGAGUUUGGAACUCAAUACAAAGCGCUUAACUCAAAUAAUUAAGUAUGAAUUAUUGAAUUCAUAGGUCAUAAUUGUAUGAAAUACAACAAAAUAAUAAAGCCUCUACUUAAAUAAGCAUUUGUUAUAUAAAAAUCUAUUGCAACAACAUAUAUAAUAGGAUUAAGCAAAAAGUAUUACAAAAUCGUUUUAAAUUAAAAUCAAAAAGACUGUAAAAAAUAAAAUUAAUAUUUACAAACCAGAACAAAAAAACUUACCAAUAUUGACGAAUCUAAGUACAAUGUUAUAGCUGUGCUUUCAUACAAAAUGAAGGGUAUGUAUUAAUGUCUGCAUUAUCUUGUAAAUCUUAGUUCCAAUUCUUCAAUUUAAGAGCAAAAAAAAAUAAAAAAUUAUUUCGAGUUUCAUUACAUACAAACAAUUAUUAAAAUGAAAACUGUAUACCUACCUUUAUUUAAAACAAAUUGAUACAAUAUAUAUUAUUAUGCAUAUAUACAAAAAAAAACUUGAAAAAAAAAAGAAAAAAAACACAAUUUAAAGAGAUUGUUAUUUUUGUAAGUGUGAUAGAAGUAGCUAGAUUUUGUUCUUUUUUCUAAUUAAUACUGAUAAAAUUGGAAAAGACAAAAAACAACAAAUGUUUGUGUAUAUAUGUAUCUAUUUAGCUAUAAAAAAUGUAUAAUGCAUAUAUGCCUAUUUUUAGCAAAAAACAAUUUCCAUAAUUUAAUGAUAUGAAAUAUUAAUAAGCAAAAGAUCAGGCUUAAUAGCUGAUGUAAAAGGAAAUGUCACUAAAUGUGGUUCUUUAUUCAUAUAAAACAUAUUUUUUUGCUUUACAUUAUCACUGUACACUAUAUCUGUGUAAUUACAUAUAUUACAUACAUAAAGUG